GAAAAUGGAUUGAGUAGGGACGAGAAGGACUGGGCAGGAGAUCUAAUGACGUUUGGAGUAGGGGACAAGAUUUAAUUGUGAGUGACUGGCGGAAGAAGCAGGAAGUGAAUAAAGGAAAGCCAGACAGGCCCGUGUGGGAGUGAUUGGCAGCCUCACAAUGGAAAGGGGCGGUGAGAGCGAGGCCGGGGGCGUGGCUUAGUCUCUAUUUGCUUUGCCCUUACCUGGCAGGAGCAGUGUGUGUGUGAGACACCGGCCUGGGAACUGGGUGAGCUGCAGAGUGUGUUUAUCCUGGCGGGUGAGUCACAGGGAGCUUGGGAAGGAGCCAGUCUGUGCCAGUGACUGCAUUGCGGUGACUGAAGCCUGUGUGAGGACAUGAUGGCAGCUGUGUGUGACAUAAACACUUCCUGAUCCCUCGUCCUAUCAGCUGUGGCCGGCAUGUCUCUCCCCUCGGGCUGCCUCAUCAUCCUGGGGAUCAUCCACUUGUUGCCAACAGCCAGGAGCCUGUCCAGCGAUGUUGUCUAUACCUCGGAAUUCUUCUCCCAGAUUCAACAGCAGCUCUCCUUUUACAACUGGUACGGGAAUGCGCGGCUAUUUCAAUUCCGGGUGCCCCCUGACACCGCUCUCCUCCGAUGGCUGCUACAGGCCUCGCGGGACAAAGCUGACUGCAACGAUGCAGAAAUUACUGUACAUUUCCGUCAUGGAGCCCCACCGGUGAUUAACCCUCUGGGCACAGCUUUUUCCGCUGCCACUCGUGUCCCUUAUUCUUUUAACAUGACAAUGACAUUUACAAACUCGUUGAACAAUAACACCUUCUUGAAUAUCACCAACCCUGAGCCGGGAGACUGGUAUAUCGUGGCCCACCUGCCCAGAGAUCCAGAAAAAAUCCAAAUCCAGGGUUUCACCAGUUCAUGCAAGUACUUUUUCCAGCCGGAUCUAUUUAUUCUUCGGGAGGUUGAUAUCCCAAUAUUACAGGCAGACACGCCCACGCAGAAAACAUUGUCACAAUCUGGAAGCUCGGCAAGUUUCAAAAUGUUUAUACCCGAAUACACCCGGGAACUGAGGCUUCAGCUGCAGAAUUGCACCUUGGACACCACACGGGUCCCUUGCCCACUGCUGGUUACAGUGGGAUCCAUCUCGGAGCUGCCGUCUGCCCAAAGGACAAUGAACUGCAGUGAAAACCCCGAAUGUGCUCUCCUCUUACACUCCCCGCCCUGGGGAAAAUGGCUGAAUGUGCUAGUGGAGAUCCCCCAAGGGAUAAACUCCAGCGUGUCAUUCGAGAUCCUCCACAAAACCUCAGCCUGUAAACCAGGGAAAGUCAUGAGCCGAAGGUCGGCGUUUACAUUAAUGGAACAAGCAAUUCUCAAAGCUGCCAAAAAUGCCACCCAGGCCGACACCAAUGAAACCCAGUUGCUUGCCGUUGGCUCUGGCUCCUGUCUGAACAAGUACCCGUUAAUACGGGAAGAUCUUGAUGUUGUGUCGGUCAGGUUCCAGUCCGUUAAAAACCCAUAUGUAGCAGUUUCAGCUGAAAUGCCCUCGAUUAUGCUCCUCAAUCUCGAUUCCGAUAUGGACAGCGGUGGAAUGCUGAAAAUAUCUUUGCAGCUGAACAAGACGACCAUGGGAAAUUCCUCUGCGACUGUGAUCGCUUGUUUGAGCGCUGAUUCCCCUGUACUCACAUUUAACACCUCCCAGAACUGCGCAACAGCUUUUUCUCAGGGUUAUACAUUACUAAUGGACCGCUCCAUGGCAGACGUUUCACUAAACAUCCCCUUCCCAGUGACGGCCAGUUGGUACCUAUCUAUGCAGCUGCUUUGCCCACUGAAUGACAGUGACUGCCAGUCCCUGUCCCCUAGAGUACUUUUUGGUUCUGCUCUCAGUCCAUGCGAAGAUAACUGCGGGCCCAAUGGAGAUUGCCGGCUUCUGCGAAGGAAUGGUUACCUCUAUGCUGCCUGCAGCUGCAAGGCCGGCUGGGCCGGCUGGAGCUGUUCAGACAACAGUAAGGUUCUCUCCUACCAACAACAAUUGGUCGCCACUUUGCUGCUGACACUGAGCAACUUCAUGUUCAUACCCACCAUCAUUGUGGCAGUUUACAAGUUUUACUUUGUGGAGGCUGCAGUGUAUGCAUACAACAUGUUCUUCUCCACCUUCUAUCACGCCUGUGACCAGCCUGGGGACGCAGUGAUGUGCAUCAUGGACUAUGACACCUUACAGUACUGUGAUUUCUUUGGCUCCGUCGUGUCCAUAUGGGUGACCAUCCUCUGUAUGGCCAGACUGAAGAAAACUCUGAAAUAUGUCUUGUUUAUGCUGGGCACACUACUUAUUGCCCUUUCUAUGCAGCUAGACCGGAAAGGAAUCUGGAAUAUGAUGGGACCUUGCCUAUUUGCACUAGUUAUACUGGUAAUCACAUGGACUUACCGUGGAGUACGGCGCCGGCACUGUUACCCUCCCAGCUGGAAACGCUGGCUCUUCUACUUGGUUCCGGGAAUUUCCCUGGCGCUCAUUGCUCUUUCCAUCUACGUCUUUGCACAGACCAACACCAAUUACUUUUACACUCACAGUCUCUGGCACAUCAUGGUGGCCGGAAGUGUGGCCUUCUUGCUCCCGCCGCGAGACAAGAAGAAGAAACCGUGGGAUUUUAAACAGCUGCUGGGCUGUCGGUACAAGAUCUGCCACGAUGACCGGGAGGAAUUAUUUGUGGCGACGUGAGAAUUCACAACGGGACAGUUUUUAUUUCUUUCAGACACAUGCGCGAGGGAGGCGAGAUGUUCUAAGACUUGAAACCGGUGCUUCUACACUACAAUCAUAAUAGGCAAGAAUAGCUCGAAUCGUGUAAUAAAAACCCAAAGAGGGGAGAAGUGGGUUUUUGGAAAAAAAUAUGUAUAUUUUGCUGCAAUGAUGGAAGAAGACUGCCAGUGCUGGGCUUCUGGAACACGAGUUUACAACUAUAUCAUUAUUUUUCCAUUUUCUGAUUGGGAGAAGUCAUUGUUCCCAGCACUCCUUGCCUUUUUAUGCAUUUUCGUCAAAGCCCAUGUUCCUAAUUCUGUAGACACCAUUAACCAACCAAAUUAAAGGAUAUGUA